CGGCGAUAGUAUGAGGACAGCUGAGAGCGCGCGCGCCGCGUCGUCGACUGACGGAGUACGGUCUAAAGCGCGCGCGCCCGCGUCGUCGGCCGUACGAGUACGGCGUAAAGCGCGCGCGCGCCCAAUCCCGUGGAAAAACCCGUGCGCGCGUAUUCGGUUGCAUUAUUGUUUUGUACACAACAACAACGUACAGUAAUAAUAACACCACGGUACCCGCACUGUACGCCGCCGCGCGCCACGGUAUACCGCGGUAGUCGUACGGCGACCACGGCAAUAAUAGUAUUAUUGUUGUCGCGGUGCGUUUGUAAAACAAAUAAAAAUUUUAUUUCAAUACACAGUCGUGUCGAUACUGCUGUGUAGUAUGUUGUAAAACGUCGGCGUGCGACCAUCGUAGACGUUUUGCGAACAAUAUCUGAUUUGGCGACGACCGCCGCCACCGUCUCGGGGCACAGCCGCGCGUUUAUCUAGUGACGGCGGCGCCGAUGACGGUGACGAUUUCGUCGCGGUGCCGGUCGCGUCGUUGUUGUCGUCGUUAACACCAGUGUUAACAGUCGGCGGUCCGGGCUCGACGAGCGCGGCGUUUUCGGCGGUCGGAAACCGACGGCGGCGGCGACAAAGACGACGACGACAUGGGAAACUAUUGUUCGUCGAAACAAAAGGACGGCGGAGGCGGUUCCGACGAAUACUUGCAAAAAACUCGUUAUAAAAAAAAUCAAAAGAAAGCCGACAAAGCAACUAACGUGAUAUCCGUACCCAAAAAAGGCAAAAGCCCUGUCGCGGCAUCUGCGGUGUCAACGACAACGGUGACCAACAGCAGCAAAACAGCACAAGCGUCUAAUUGCAACGUCGGUGGAGUACCUUUUAUAAUUCCUAAAAUUGAACAACCCGACGAAGAUCUGUCAUUGAAUACAUUGUCAACCCCAUCAACAGUCGAACACAAAAAAACAAAAAUACCUCCUUCCAUAGCAAGAAAAUGUUUUGAGUUUUUACUGCCGGACGAAUUGAAAAGUGUAUCGUUUGAGACGAAGAAAUUGCUGAUUGGUUAUUUUGAUCCAAUUCAACAAGACAUAACUGAACAAAUCAACAAAAUUGUCGUCUACAUCAGUUUACCGGACAAUAAAGGAUUUCUGGACGAAAGACAAAGUCUGUACAAAAGUGUGUUACCGGCAAUUCGGUCGAAAUGCGCGGAAAUUGGUUACGAACUGCAUGUGGUAGACCUAUAUUGCGACCACCAGCAACAACAAGAAUUCGGACAAAUAGACAACACUGUCCGGCUGGCAGAAUUGCUCCGGCAGAAUCGUAUCGGUCACGUCGUGCCUAUUGUCUUUGUGGAUGACUCACUAGGUCCAGCAGUUCUGCCCCUCGAGUUGACCAGGAAACACUUCGAUUAUGCCAGGCUCCGUACGCCGGACGCCAGCAGUUUGAUCGAAAAAUGGUACACUCUAGAUGCGCAGAAAAAUAACUACGAGCUCCGUAACGAGAUGAUGUUUGAAACGACUUUCGAGACUCAAGAAGCCGACGAAAAAUUGUGGCAUGAUGAGAAAGUACAGUUGCAAUUCGCACUCUUGCAUAUAUUUCGUACGAAGGGCGAAUAUGAACAAAUUUUUCAACAGGAAGUUUAUAAUGAGAUCAUGUCGAAUGCCGAGUUGGCUAAAAAUUCUGUGUGGUUUAUCAAAAAUUACGAUGCGGUUUCCGGUCACAAGUGCAAAACUACUGCAGUGGAAUCCAAAAAGAGACUAGAACAACUUAGCUAUCUGUUGACGAACAAUUUGCCUGAAAACAAUAUAAUAUGUUAUGAAGUUGCAAACGCGGCGGAAUCUAUAAAGAAAAUAGGAACUGUAUUAAUGUCUAUUAUCGAAUCUGUAGACAAAGAAAGGGAAAAACAAGAAGCUAUGUAUACAGGCAUAAGCGAGGUACUGUUGAAAGAGCUGAAGAUACAAUCGUGGUUUGGACAAAACAUGAUGAAAUUGCAGGAUGUUGGCCCGGAUGAUGUUAUGGAACGUGCCAUAAAGUAUUUUCAGGAUGCGGAUGCAACAUACCCAUUGAUCCUGUACGGUCCUCCAGGGUCGGGCAAGACCACGACGAUGGCGACCAUAUCGAAAUUAUGCUUCCCAAGAUAUAACGAAACAGCGGUAGUAGUGAGAUUCGCCAACGUAUCCGCUAAUAGCUCGUCACUGGAGCAAAUUCUCAACUCGAUAGUCGUUCAAUUGAAUCUUUUGGACAGUGGGAAAUGUACUUGGUACAAGCACGACGUACAACUGUACUCUGAACAAAUUACACGUCUGUUGGGUUCGAUUGGAUCGAAACGGCCAGUGACGUUGAUCGUUGACGGUUUAGAUCAAUUCGAGAAUGAUUUAGUGGAUUGGAUACCGCAGUCGCUGCCCAAAAACGUCAAGAUCGUAGUGUCAGCCUCGGAGCCUUCAGCAUACCUAAAUCGAUUGCGUCAGACCAUAAAAACCAUGGAUUCUUAUAUACGGAUAGGGGACAUAACGGACAAAGAAAUCGACUCCUUAUUAUCGGCAGCGAUCAUCCGGCCGAUCGGUGGCGAAACGAUAAAAACCGAACACAAAACGGUGGCUGCCAAAACAUGGUUGGAAUUUCAAGUCAGCUUGCUGUGUUCUAAGAUACGAAACUCAAAACAACCAUCUUCGUCGGAAAAUUGGGUGGAAGCUAUUUUCGACAACAUUGAAUCUCAUCUCGGCAAAAACAAGGUUUCCUCAGUGAUUGGCCUCAUGUGUGCUACCCGAUACGGUUUACUCGAUUCGGAGUUGGUUGAAUUACUGUCUUCAGACCUUUCCGUUACUGCGAUUUCGACUUCAGCCGGUCUCUUAUGGGCGACGUUUAACGAGCUUAUGUCGUCGUUUUUGUACUGGUUCAAAACGGAUCUGUACGCGACGACCAGGUGGAAAAACGCCAUAGUGGCCGAAGUAGCUAAUCGGCGUUAUAGUACAUCUAUACAGCGCAUGAAGGAGAAAAUACUUUUGUACUACGAAAACCAGGUGGAUGACGAAUAUGGUAAGAAGAGUUUGCAGAAACGCAGGAAACUGGACGAAUGCACUCGCCUGAUGGACCGAGCCGAAGCGAUCAACAAAUUUUUCAACAACCUUGACUGGGUUUUAGAAAAACUAAAUCAUGGGACGGUGCUCCAAUUAAUGGAUGAACUUUCUGCUCACGCCCAAGAGCCGGAAGUACGUUUUCUCAAAGACUUCCUGUCGUCUGCCCUGCCAGCCGUGAUGGACAACGGGAAUCAGCUGUUCUCGCAGAUGUCACUGUACCAACCGGUGGCCGACCGGUACCGGGCCCUAAUAAACGCGCCUCCUUUCCCGACACUGAUGCCUCUAGUUCCUGUGGACGCUGAAACGCAGUCGUCCAAAUCCAUUGCGUUGCUUUCGGAGAGCCCCGGUGCCACGGGGAGGUUCGACUUAGUCAAACGAUUCAACGACGACGCGAAUUAUGUGAUCACCGUCAGCACCGAGCAGAAAGAAAUAAGCGUGUGGAACAUACACACGUGUUCGAGAGUACGGACGCUCAAGGGAAUCCUCCAUCCGACCGCGCUGAAACUGAUCGACAAUCAGCGUUGUAUAGUGCUGUGCGAACGAAAGCUGAUCGUUAUCAACUUGGCGACUGGAAAAGUGAUCAGUAAACUGAAAGGAGUGAUGAAUCAAAACAUGCCUUAUUUUGGCUUGCACAGUUCUACAAAACUCGUGGCGUUGGCCAGAAGUCGGAUGCACGUGAAUCUGAUCGACAUCGAAACGGGUACGAUCGAGGCGUACUUCAAAGCCGGCGAAGAUAGAUUUUUGAACUCGUUGCUUGUGUCCGGAAACGGAAGAGUCAUGGUGUGUGGCGACGAAACGCAAAAACCUUUCCCACUGCUCGUGUGGAACUUGACCUCCAGACAGUUGAUGUACGACUUGCGCAUACCGUACCACGAAUUUGUCACGCGACUAGCGGCCAUCACUUACGAGGGUCACUACGUGUGCUGUGUCGCUCAAGAAAUCGACGAGUCCGAGCCCGAGCCCGGGAUUAACUUCAUAGUGGUGUACGACCUGCAGUCGGGUACGCUGUUCAAAAAGUGGAAACCCGGCAUGAACUGCGUGGCGCUAGACAUAUCGUCCAAGGACGGGUGUGUCCUAAGCGGCCAUGAUAACGGCCACAUAUGCAUCUGGGACCUGACUACUGGUAACUGCCGGUGGACGCUCAGCGGCCACGUAGCACCAGUCACUAGCCUCCGACUGGAUCCAACCGGCGGUUCUUUCGUGUCGCUGGACACGCAUGGCCGAGACCGUACGAUCAAACUCUGGAACGUCACAACCGGUCAACUCGUCUCGGAGUUCACUCCGACCAACCCAAUAACGGCGUUCGAAAUACUGCCUGGCGGCGAAUUCGUUGUCGUCGCGUCUUCGGGCUCCGCGCACCCGACGGUCCUACAGCUCCGCGGACCACAACUACAGUCCGCUGACAAGCAAACUACGACGAUGACGACUACUUACGGCGAUGAAACGACGCUCGAAGUGGACUUGUCGUCAGACUUCCUAGACGACGUGGCGGCGGCGGCGGCGGUGGCUGCGGCCUCGGCCACGACUUCCGCGGCCGUUGUUUCUAGAUGACAGCCGCCACCGACGGACCACGACGACGAUACGACUGCCAGACCGGAACUAGGACGAGGAAACGCAUCUGUCACUGUAGGUCCCCGCGAGGGCCGAUUUCAUAAUUUCCGUACCAUCCCGCUGAAGAUGGCGACGGAAAAUAUUGUUAUUUCAUAUUAAUGUCGUCGAUGAUAGACAUAAUCCUGCUCCUCUUACUUCUCCUGUCAUACUUGCUUUACUCGUACUAUACUUCACACACACACACACAUACAUAUACACGUACACUCACACUGUGUAGUAACCCUUGUUGAAUAUUGACUGCUGAUAAUGUGUACAUUACAUGAUCUCUCGGUCGACGAGAUAUGAACAUAAUAUAUAGUUUUCAAAAAUAAAAAUUCUUUCAUCAUCAUUACUGUUAACCUACUACUACUCCACUGACUACUAUUUACUACAACAACAACUACUACUACUACUACUACUAUUACUACUACUACUACUACUACUACUACUCAUCGCGCUGUAUAUGCCUCACACAUCCAAACUUACUUCUAUUUUUUUAUCUCCUAAGACUGAUCCUAAUUGUAAGAUAACGCACAACAAUGUAGACAAAAAAAAAAAAAAACUAUUUUCAUUCGAAUACAUCUACAAUACUUAAUGAUACAUACUAUUAUGUUCUGUUCAUCUUUUUAAUCGUACCUAUAUUUCAAUCGGUAUUACUCUUCUCAAACAUCGUCAUUUUUAACCAACACAAUGUUUUAAGUUUUAACAUUUUAAUAUUAUUAUGAAUGUCUUUUAAUCGUUAAGGGUUUUAAAUGAAAUAAAAUAAAAAGUUUAAAGUAACAAAAUGUUUUUUUUUUUUUUAAUGGGGAAAAAAAUACAUAACACACACAGUUUUUGAAUAUAAAACAAAUAAACCACAAACGGUAUGAUAAAAUGCCACCAGAUGUUUUAUAAUAAUAAAAAUAAUAAUAACAAACAAAAUAAAAUCACCAUAAGAAGAGAAAAUGGUAGAAAAACACAAAAUAAUAACAUUAUUUUAGGUAACAAUUUUUUGUUGUCUAAAUGCAAAUAAAUAGUAAUAAAUAAACUAAUAACAUACAUUUUUUUAGAUUAACCUUAUAACUUUACCAGCCUAUUAAUAUAACUAUACAAAUACCCAAAACUAUACAAAACGCACAUUUUUAUUUAUAUAUUAAUUAAGUUAUUAUUGUAUGUGAAAUUAUUAAUAAAAACAAUGUCAUUAUA